UGGACUAAUCCACUGGAGCCGGUUGCCCGAGCAGCAGUAGCGGCGGCAGGUUGUUUAGGAUCCGGAUGUCGUGCUGACUUCUGAGGGGACUCGCAGCCGAAACGGGGGACGAGGACGAGCAGGCUGUUAGGAUGGCUUCAAACUUCAACGAUAUAGUGAAGCAGGGAUAUGUGAGGAUUCGGAGUAAAAAACUGGGGAUCUUCAGAAGAUGCUGGCUUGUAUUCAAGAAGGCGUCAAGCAAAGGACCUAGACGGCUGGAGAAAUAUUCAGAUGAAAAAGCCGCCUACUUUCGAAGCUUUCAUAAGAUAACUGAACUCCACAACAUCAAGAACAUUACGCGAAUGCCCCGCGAGACUAAAAAACACGCAGUGGCAAUUAUUUUCUGCGAUGAGACGUCAAAGACAUUUGCCUGUGAGUCAGAGCUGGAGGCUGAGGAGUGGUGGAAGUUAUUGUGUUUGGAGUGUCUGGGUAGCCGACUUAAUGACAUCAGCCUCGGAGAACCGGACUUGUUAGCAGCAGGGGUGCAGAGGGAACAGAACGAGAGAUUUAACGUCUAUUUGAUGCCGACUCCAAACCUGGACAUCUACGGAGAGUGCACGAUGCAGAUCACUCAUGAGAACAUCUACCUGUGGGACAUCCAUAACGCCAGAGUCAAGCUGGUUAUGUGGCCGCUCAACUCCCUCAGAAGAUACGGCAGAGACUCGACAUGGUUCACGUUCGAAUCCGGGAGGAUGUGUGAUACAGGAGAGGGCUUGUUCACAUUUCAGACCCGAGAGGGUGAGAUGAUCUAUCAGAGGGUUCAUUCUGCUACGCUGUCCAUCGCUGAACAGCAUGAACGCAUGAUGUUGGAGAUGGAGAAGAGCACACAGACUCUUUCAAACGAGAGCACAUUAACAAAGUCGAUAUCUCUCCCGCGAAGCGCUUACUGGCACCACAUCACGCGUCAGAACAGCGUGGGAGACAUCUGCAAUUACCAAGGUUCAAGCUUGACUAUGACACUCAUUCCACGAGCACAGACGUUUCAAAGCUUCCUCUCCGAGCAGACGCAGACAGACGAACAGCAGAACCACCAAGAGCAAGCAACAUCGUCCUCUGGUGGCCACGACAGGAAGGGCAGCACCUCACCGCUCCGUUGAUAUACACUGACUGUCAUGGCUUGACAAAAGCCACAACUCUUGGACAUUCCAAAGCUUUAGAAAGCUCAAAACACAUGUACAGUAUAAACUAUAUAUAUAUAUGUAUGGCUUAAUAAUAAUGAUAAUUAUUUGUAGAACAGUGUGUAUAUUAAGAAUUAUAGGAGACUUUUUGUACGUUGAAAAAACACAAUGCCAAAAAGUUGUAUCAUAAACUUUAUUUUUUCUGGUGUAGUUAAAAAAAAUAAGAGGACUUUUGCAGUUAUUUUUCAGAUGUACAGUAAAUAUGAAGAGCGCUUAAGUUCUUCAGCGAUUCGUCUGGCGUCUUAAUGGAAAACGUAGCAAAUUAGCUUCUGUAUUAAAGACAACUCUUAUGUUGUUUUGCACCCAGCACUUUCAAAUUAGAGCUUGCUUUGCACCUUGUAUGUUUAAUUUGUGUUUCAUUCGGUUUGUGUUUUUUUUAUUAUGUCUGUAAGAUGCUUGCAUUGGAGGAAAUUGAUAAAUAGUUGUCCACCAAAACAACUUUAUUUUAUAUGAAACUAAUCCAUCUACACACUGGACAUGUCAGUUUGGUUCAUCCGGACCAAGCUUCCUCUCACUGUAUAAGUGCCUUCAGACUCGGGCCGGAAAGCCAAUUAAAUUAUUAUUAUCCCUCUAGCCAUCCACAAUGUGUGUAACUGAAUUAAGUUUCUAUGUUGAAACCCUAUUUGUCUAAAAGCCGAACAUGAUGUCUAUUCUCUCCCCGCACAGGAAAAGGGUCUGAUCUGAUAACUCGACUGAAUGGCUUUUUAAAUGGUCUCAUGGCAAACAUACAUUCGAUGCAGACAAUCAAAACAGAUUCUAAUAGUUUCAAUCCUUUGUCUAUUGUGUAAUAGUGGUAUAGGAAAACCAGAACAAUAAAAGAAUAAUCAUGUGAUAAUAUGAAUCUCAAGGUUUUAGAAGCACAUGAUGAUGAUCAUUUUAUGAUUUAAAAGCUAUCAUUGUGCAUUGGGUAAUUUACCAUACAUGUUGACUUGAGUUUAUAGCACUUGAAUGUAAAUUAGACAACCACUAUUUUAUUAAAUUGUACAUUAUAGUGAUUUUAAAAGGGAAUGGCUGCUGUCUAAGGGGCUUUCUGGGGGAUAUUCGGUCAAACACUGCAUUAGAUUAUAUCUCUGAUAUGAUAUAUCAGGCUGUGAACACAUUUCUUUGAAUGUCCCUUGGGGAUUUUUCAGUAGUCAUUUGUUGUAAAGAUACUGUGUAUGUUUCAUGCUUCUCUGUAAUGUAUUUUGUUUUGUAUGUUUUGUUUUAUGCAUCAAGUAAAACUUUUGUCCUGUGUGGAUGUCAAUGUUUACUAAGUAAAAUAAACUAAAUGGAUUUGUGUUUCUAAAAUAA